GAUGGGAACUAGGAGUGGAGGCUGUCCUCCUUUCUUUCAGCAGGAGUGCUCCUCAAGACUCAGCCCCACCCUUAGAAAAGAUGUUUUCCCUGAAGAUCUUUUGCCUGGCCCUGAGUGUGGUGGGCACAGUCUGGACUGGAGAUGUCCAGGAAGGUGAAUUUAUAGCUGAAGGAGGAGGUGUGCGUGGCCCAAGAAUUGUGGAAGGACAUCACUCUGCCUGCAAAGAGACAGACUGGCCCUUCUGCUCUGAUGAAGACUGGAACUACAAAUGCCCUUCUGGCUGCAGGAUGAAAGGGUUAAUCGAUGAAGUCAAUCAAGAUUUUACAAACAGAAUUAAUAAGCUCAAAAAUUCACUAUUUGAUUAUCAGAAGAACAAUAAGGACUCUAGUUCACUGACAGGGAAUGUAAUGGAACUUGUGAGAGGGGAUUUUGCCACCGGUAACAACAAUGAUAAUACAUUUAGCCAAGUGUCAGAAGAUCUGAGAAGCAGAAUUGAGAUCCUGAAGCGCAAAGUCUUGGAACAAGUACAGCAUAUCCAACUUCUGCAGAAAAAUGUCAGGGAUCAACUGAUAGAUAUGAAACGACUGGAGGUGGACAUUGAUAUUAAGAUCCGAUCUUGCCAAGGGUCGUGCAGUAGGGCUUUAGAACGUAGGACAGAUCUAAAGUACUACGAAGAUCAGCAGAAGCAACUUGAGCAAGUCAUUGCCAAAGACUUACUUCCCUCUAGAGAUACGCAAUAUUUACCACAGCUGAAAAUGCGCACAGCUCCAGAUACGAUUACUGGGGAGUACAAGCACCAGCUUCAGAAGGCCCCUGCAGAGUGGAAGGCACUCAUGGAAACGCAACAGAUGAAAAUAACGUUAGAGAGGUCUGGUACAGAUGGGAAUGCCCCAGGAGACUCUGUAUCGCAUGGAACGGGAUCAGUGCCUGAAAGCCCUAGGAAUCCUGGGAGCUCCACACCUGGAAGUUCUGGCACUUGGAAUCCUGGGAGCACCGGACCUGGAAGCUCAGGUGCUUGGAACCCUGGGAGCUCUGGACCUGGAAGCUCCGGACCUGGAAGCUCGGGCGCUUGGAACCCUGGGAGCACCGAACCUGGAAGCUCAGGUGCUUGGAACCCUGGGAGCUCUGGACCUGGAAGCUCCGGACCUGGAAGCUCGGGCACUUGGAACCCUGGGAGCACCGGACCUGGAAGCUCAGGUGCUUGGAACCCUGGGAGCUCUGGACCUGGAAGCUCCGGACCUGGAAGCUCGGGCGCUUGGAACCCUGGGAGCUCUGGACCUGGAAGCUCAGGCGCUUGGAACCCCGGGAGCUCCGGACCUGGCAGUGGCAGCACCUGGAACGCCGGCAGCUCUGGAGUUAGCAGUGCGGGUACUUGGCACACGGAGAGUGCCAGCUCUUGGAGCUCUGGGAGCACUGGAACUGGCAGUGGCGGCUCUUGGAGCUCUGGAACUCCUCAGCCUGGAAGUUUUAGGCCAGAUAGCUUAGGGCAUGGGGACACCAGGCCUACCAAGCAAGAGUGGGACACGUUUGAAGAUGUGUCAGGAAGUAUAUCUCCAGGGACAAAGAAAGAGUACCACAUGGGCAAACUGGUCACUUCUAAAGGAGAUAAAGAGCUUCUUAUUGGUAAUGAGAAGGUCACCUCUGGUACCACGACCACCACUCGUCGUUCAUGCUCUAAAACUGUCACUAAGACAGUUAUAGGUCCUGAUGGUCGCAAAGAAGUGAUCAAAGAAGUGGUAAACUCCGAAGAUGGUUCUGAUUGUGACUUGUCCCAUGCUUUUUCUGGUAGCCUAGGGGAUCUCCAUUCUAGACACCCUGACUUGGCGAGUUUCUUUGAAUCUGCCUCAACUGGAAGCAAAUUUUCGAGUGCACUCACACCUACCUUAAGAGAGUUUGAAAGUAUGGGCUCGGAAUCUGACAUAUUCACGCACUUAGGGGAACAUGAGCUCCCUUCCAGUGGUAAAACUUCAACUCACAGCAAACAGUUGGUAAGCACUAGUAAGACUUACAACAGAGGAGACUCCACAUUUGAAAGCAAGAGCUUUAAAGUGGCAGGUGAGGCCGGAAGUGAAGCGGAACACGAAGUCCUCAGAGGAGCAUAUACCACCAAAAGAGGCCAUGCUAGAGCUCGCCCUGCCAGAGACUGUGAUGAUGUCCUCCAAACACAUCCUGCAGGUGCCCAAAGUGGUAUUUUCAAUAUCAAGCUACCCGGAUCCAGUAAGAUUUUUUCUGUUUAUUGUGAUCAAGAGACCAGUUUGGGAGGAUGGCUUUUGAUCCAGCAAAGAAUGGAUGGAUCACUGAAUUUUAACCGGACCUGGCAAGACUACAAGAGAGGUUUCGGCAGUCUGGAUGACAAGGGGGAAGGAGAAUUCUGGCUAGGCAAUGAAUACCUCCACUUACUGACCCUGAGGGGCUCUGUCCUUCGGGUUGAAUUAGAGGACUGGGCUGGGAAUCUGGCUUAUGCAGAAUAUCACUUGAGGGUAGGCUCUGAGGCAGAAGGCUAUCCCCUGCAGGUCUCCUCCUAUGAGGGUACAGCAGGCGAUGCUCUGAUUGAGGGUUCCGUAGAGGAAGGAACAGAGUAUACUUCUCAUGCUGGCAUGCAGUUCAGCACCUAUGACAGGGAUGCAGACCUUUGGGAAGAGAACUGCGCAGAAGUCUACGGAGGAGGUUGGUGGUACAACAGCUGCCAAGCAGCCAAUCUCAAUGGCAUCUACUACCCUGGGGGCUCCUAUGACCCAAGGAACAACAGUCCUUAUGAGAUUGAGAAUGGAGUGGUCUGGGUUCCCUUCAGAGGUGCAGAUUAUUCCCUCAGGGCUGUUCGCAUGAAAAUCAGGCCCCUGGUGACCCACUCGGAGCAGAAGUGAGAGUAAUCGGUUUUCUUUGUUUAGUGAAGUGGAGAAAGAGUAAGGAAGAUAAAGGAGUCAAGAUUCUUUACAAUCUAUUAAAAAAUUCACAGGUGCUAUUUUAUUAUUCUUUGUACUGUAUCCAAAUGUAACUGAGACAUUUUACUACUUUAAAAAAUAAAAUUAUAUGAGUUUUUUUACCCUUAAA